AUGGACUUCAUUCUCCUUACUUGGAUCACCAGCUGUUUCAACCUGGCUCUCUGUGUGACCGAUGUGGCCACUGUCGAUGUGGUGGUCCUGGGUGCUGGCCCAUCAGGGCUCGCAACGGUGCAACACUUGCAGAGCUCCAACCUUUCGGUGGCCCUGUUGGAGAAGGCGAAUCGCUUGGGGGGUCGAAUCAUGACACUGAGAUAUCGCGAUGCGAAGGUUGGGGUGGACCUGGGACCCGCUUGGAUUCACUAUGGCACAGCCAAUCCACUGACAUACCUUGCCAAACAAGGCAACUGCAGUUUGGUGAGAACACAGAAUCUGAACAUGGAUGUGUAUCACCGAGGAAAGGCCUUACCAAGGAGUGUCAUUCUGGACAUGUUUGGCUUACUGGACAAGAUAGAGCGUGACUACGAGCAGUUCAAAGAUGCCAACGCUGCGAAUGCAAGUCUAUUGCUGGUGCUGCAGCAACUUUUCCGCCAUGAGAAAUUCAAUUUGACCCCAGAGCAACAAGCUGCUUUUGCAGCCAUCCUGUUCGGGGAGGUCGUAGAGGAUUGGACAGCACCACUUCAUGAACUGUCGGCAGCAAAGCACUGCGAGUACGACAAUGUUGAUGGAGUUGGCAGCGAUUGGAGAAUCCUGGAGGGUAUGGAGUGUGUUGUGAAAAGCAUGCUCUGGAACUCUUCAAACAAGCUGGCAGGGCCCCAGAUGUUGCAGCCCCAACUGCGAUUGAGCCAUACAGCCAGCUCCGUCAAACUCGAUGGAACACGGGUACUAGUGGAAGGGAUGCAGGGAGGUGAGCAAUGGACGCUGUCUGCCAAAAUUGCAGUUGUUGCAGUUCCUCUUGGAGAGCUAAGAGAAGGUCGUCUCAAAAUUGAACCUCUUCCAAGAUGGAAAGAAAAGGCUUGGCAGGAACUUGGAUUGGGCCAUGCAAUUCGUGCAGCAAUUGAAUUUGAGACCCCUUUUUGGCCCUCAGAGGUUGAGUUUUUCAUGGAUUUUAUCGCAGAUUGCUGGCAUACUGAGGAGUCAAAAUUGCCAGUGGAAUCAAAUUUCACCUCAGAUGAUCCUGAUUCUUUUCUGAAAAACAUCGACCUUUGUUCCAUUGAAUUUACUUCUCCCUUGUCAGCUUCUGUUCCAGUCCUGGUGGCAGAAGCAGAUGGACGCUUGGCCAUGAAACUUGCCAAGUUGUCAGAUCAGCAGAUCAUCGAUUUUCUCAUCUCCCGCCUUGAAAAGAUGUUUGCUUUGCAGCUCAGUCCCCGAAAAUCCUUCGUCUCCCGCCCCUGGGGCCUACCAUUUUGGCACCGUUUUUCCCAGGGUCGCGCUUCCGCCCGCCUGGCCGGGAAGGCGGCCUGGGAGCAGCGCCUCUUCUUCGCGGGGGACUACGUGUCGCACCACGUGGGCACCGUGGCUGGUGCCUAUUUGUCUGGCAUCGCGGCAGCCCAUGCGGUCAGGUGUCAACUGGGCCAGGGCGGCCUGGAUUUGCUGGCGCACCCUGCGGUGCUUCCCAUGAUCCGGUCGAGGUGUGCGAAGAAAGAGCUGGACCGAAAAGCUGGUGACCUCUGCAAGCUUUCCUUGUGGGAUCUGUACAAAUGUUCGGCCCUGCCAGAGUUGGACGAUGAAUCCGGCAGGACAUGCUUCGUGCAGGGCCAUGACAAGUGGACCUCUGGUUCGGCUGGCGAUCCAAGGGCUUGGUGGAUGCCUCUGAAGUGGUGGCAUUGGCUGCAAUCAUUCUUGGGCAAAGCUGCGCGGGAAGCCUACCUGAAGUUCCUUUCCAAGUUCUUCCAGCAGUUGUCACAGUCGCUGGAAGUCUUCCGUGAGAAAAGGAUGGAAGAUCCACUUUUGUCACUGGACUUUUUGAACUUAGAUCGCUCAUCCUCCAACACUGGGGGACUCCACUUUGCCAAGCUUCCUCCGGGCUCCAUGAAGGUGCAUAACGUGCCUUGCACCUUCGAUACCUCCAAGUUAUUGAUCUCAAGGAGCGAUCGCGGACUGGCCACGAGUUUCAGUUUCGAGGUAGAUAUGGAGAUAGAGGUGGGAAGUCUGCGACGUUCACAUUCCUGUCCAGCCAAACAGACGAUAGGAGGUGCUGAAAGCGCCCUGGAGUUUGAAGUGAAGGCACAAAUUGUGGGCGGAAUUCCAAGGAGCAUUCACCCUGCCGUGGCACUUUGGGCCGUUGCCAAGGGCCCGGGCGCGCUGCACGGCCGGCCACUGCGGAAUUUGUCGUUUCCACCGGCGGACCUCACGCUAUACAUCCAUGCAGGCUUGAUUCGCAUCGGCAUAUUGGACAUGGAUGCUGCUCGAAUGCUGACCCGUGCAAUUUCAGCAUUUAACACCUUCAGUGGUGCUGAAGCUUCGACGUCACUCCGAAAGGGUCGACACCCUCACAUCAGCAUUGGUGAGAUCCGCUCCAUUUGCACCUUUGCCGCUUCCUUCAAACGCGCACACAGCAGUCAUGAUUUGGAAGCUCGAACGAAGACCUUGGAUGAACAGAUUCUUUGUGAAGCCUGGCUGUGUGCCAUUGGCGCUCAACUGGAUGCUGGUCCUGAGAGAGAGAUGUUGUGGCGAUGCACGGUGAUGAGCUUCGGCCAUUCCUCAUGCUUUGAAGCGCAGCAACAUGCCUUGCGACAGAAUUUCUUCAAUGACACUUUGAUGGCGCAGAGGCUUGCGAAGAAAGACUUGUCGACGCGUUUCUACAUUCGAAUUGCAGACACUCUUCGUCAAAAGUUCUCCUUUGAUUUCUACAACCCCAUGGUGGUGCAGAAGUGCAUCGCCACCACACAAGCUCUGCUGAACGAUCGAGAUGUUGCUGUCGUCGGUGACGCAGGUGCAGGGAAGACUGAUUGCAUCAUGACCUUGUUAGAGGCAGCCGAGGAGUUCCCGGACGACCUUGGGGGUCCGCUCUUCCCACGCGUGAAGCUACUGCGCAUUAAUACACUGGCCCACAACGUGGAAGGGACUUUGAUGGUGGUUGCCAGAGCCGCCGAAACGGAGUCCAAGAGGAUUACCACGGCAAGCGACGAGAGGGAGGAUUGCAUCUGGCUGACCUUGGACGGUCCAGUGAAUCCUGAGCUCUUUGAGGCAGUUUCGAGUGCCAUGCCACUGACCAUGGCUGGCAACAGACCCUUGUUGUCGAAAGCUCGAGCCUUUCGCAUGAUUGUGGAAACCGACAAUCUGGCACAGCUGUCACCAGCAACGGCCUCCGGCUUGGCGGUGACCUAUAUCGACACGGAACGCGGUCCGACCUGGAAGGAUCGCGCCAUGGCCUGGACCCACAGGUUUGUCCUCAGCCGCCCAGAGUAUGCGCACUUUAUGAACCUCACGAAGGAAUUGUUGAUGCAUUUGAUGGACAGCAUUUUGGCCUUUGUCCUCUACUACUUUCACUUCAAUCCUUCGGAGAUUUCCGCAGCAGCCACCGAAGGCGAAGCUUUGGACUAUCGCCACCAGACCAGCUGCUUCCUGUCCCUCUUCACCUCCUUCCUAGUGGAUCCGGUGGUAGAGAAGCAGCUGAUUGCGGCGACCGAAGAAGGUGAAGAGGCCUUGGAACGACAGGUUCGACUGCUGAUCGGCAUGGCUUCCAUCUCCGCCUUUGGCGCGUCCCUCUUCACCUCUCAGAGGCCUCGAUUUGAGCGGUAUAUUCGGGAGAAUGUCUUGGACCCAGUGCAUGCCGCCAGCUUCCCGUCACUCUAUGACCUCUACUUUGACUCCAAGAGUGGUCAGUUCCAAGCGGUGGGGCAAAUCGUGACGGAGCCCCUGGUGGAAGCCCAUCACAUUUGUGUGGCCACUGAAGAGUUCGUGGCCUUCCAACUGCGUUUGCAUCGGCUUCUGUCCAUCAAUGCUCCAGUACUGCUGGCCGGCACAGCAGGCAGUGGCAAGUCGGCGCUCCUGAGAUAUUUGAACGGCUGUAGCUCUUCAUCAACAGUGGGCAUGCUGCGCAACUGUCCUGAGCUGGAACCCAUGGAGCUGCAGCAGGCCUUGACCAUGAACCUCUCCGAGGGAAGUACCGGACUUGAACCCGGCAAUGAUAAGCGCUUGGUGGUGUUUAUCGAUGACCUUCACCUCAGUACCAUCGCCGCCAGUUCUUGGCGGCUUCAGGUGGGACAGCAGUACCGAGGCCCAGGUUCCUGCGGCCAAUCAGAGCUGGGCGAAUGGAUUCGUUUUGCUUUGGAAUCCCAAGGAUUUUAUCGCGAUGGCCACUUCGUUGCCAUUCGAGAUACCUCCUUCUUGCCGUCCCUGUUGGCACCCAACUCCCAGAACUUGGAGCUGUGCAAACGCUUUACUCGACACUUCUUUUUGGCCUUCAUGGAGAUACCUUCGGAGGCAUCGAUCCAGAAUAUCUUCUCCACCAUUUUGACGUUGAACCUCUCUGUGGGACUUCCCAACGAGGUUCUGCAAAACCUCACGGCGACCUUUUCGCGGAUCAAACUACAUCCCAACGUGGAGAUCGAGACACCCGGACAGAAGCUCGCGGCCCAACUGCUGCAGGCCACUCUGGCAGUUUGGGCGGAGACCGACUGGGCUACCAAGCAACGUUUGCAUGGACUGGCACGUGUCUUUUGGGAUGUGGCCCAUGCCUUUUCCCGCGUUCCAGUGGAGGAGCUGCGUUCACAACUCGAUGUGGGAUAUCUUUGGGCCUUUGUGAUGCGCACUUCUGUCCUGGACGCUCUUCUGCUGCCGGAAGCUGCCAGCCAUCGACGUAGAGUCUAUGGUGCUGUGGCACGGAGCUGCAAAGCGCACUUUGGUUUGCUCCUCGGAGGCAAGGCCGGCUUGGAGGACCCAGAUCAGCAGACCUUGGAGCUGGAUAGUUUGGCAUUUUCCGCCAUCGUCGAUGGACAAAUCGAGCUGAGCCCACCGGGGCUCCGGAGCUUGAGACGAGUCAACUUGGUACAAGCACGUGACGACGUUCUUCAGCGUAUUGGCAAUCCAGCUUAUGUGACUUCUCACGAGGGUCAAUUGGAGGAGAUGCCCACGUCGACUCACUCCGAGGAGUCAGAAGAAGAGGGCAUGACUGAGGAGUCGGAGAACGAAUUAGAUCAACCACCGCAGGAAGCCGCUGAAGGUGAUGAUGGAUCUGGAGAGUUUUCCAUCGACCGGAAGUUCAAGAAGCAGCGGAAUGAAGACACCGAGCAGGCAGCGCCUGAUCCCGUCUCCCUCGUGAUGUGCAAGGAGCUUUUGAGCAUUGACAACGAUGCGUCCCUGUGGGCGGAUGGACUCAGUAUCUUGGCCGAGUUGGCAGUUGCUCAUGGCUUGGUCAGCUGGAGGCGCGGGGAUGGUGUUCAGAUCUCCCCAGCGGAUUUGUAUCAAGAAUGGAGCAUAGGAAGUUCCCGUGGGGAGCUUCACCUUUGCACCAACGUCACGGCUGAAUCCUUGGAGAGGGAACUUCUCAAAUCAUCUUCCGUUGUCCAGCAGACCCGAAGGAAACCACAGAAGCUCAAGGCGCAACAGAAGAAGGUCGAAGGCGGCCUGCGGGUCUUGUGUGUCAGCGAACACGACUUCCCCGCAGAAGCGCCUGAGGCGUACCUUGCCCGGGAGCAGAGCCGUUUCUUUCGUCCGGGCGGUGGCGGCCUGGAAGCCACCGAUGAGAAGUGUGUCUCCAAGAGAGAUGAGGUGGAGGAGGAUGGUCAAAAGCGAUUGGUCGUCAUUUGCCGCUCACCCGCUUCUCUACAAGAGCUCUUCACACGCUGCGGCUUCCUACGACAAACCUUGGUGGCCACCUUCAACGUGCUUCCACCCAUGUCCUUGCAACAGGUCGCCUUCAUGUAUCUGGGAAAGCGCUUGAGCAGCAGAAUCGACUUGGGUGCAUUGCCUAAAGCGCAGAAGAAACUCCUGAUGCAUCGGAGUCACUUUCUCGGGGGCCCAGGAGCUCGUGCAAACAUCAAAAAAAUUGCCAAGGCAGCAACGACAGGUGAUGGACAGUCUUGGCAGCAGCAGCUCUUCGUUCCGUUGGCGAAGAUUGUGGAGUCGUUGCACCUGCGUAUCCGUGACGUUUUGGCCUGUGAGUUGGGUCGUGAUGUGGCACUGGAGUUUUGCUCGGCCAGCCGUUUCUCCAAGUUCGUGCAGACCAUUGCUCGAUUGGCGAUCCACCAACGCAGCGUGCAGAACCAUCGCGGGACCAUGCAUGAGUCAGCGCGAAAUCGGCUGAAGUCCUUGGAGAAAUUUUUGCUGGACCUUGAUACCAAGCUUCGCUCGAUGCACGUGUCCCUGAAGCUCCUUGCGGAAGAGUCGCGGAGGCUUCUGUCGCGCAGUGCACGGGAACAUGAGCUUCAAACGCAGGCAACGGCUUCAUUGGCCGAGGUGCGAGAACGCAAAAAGUUGGUGGAGUCGCACAUUGCUGCAGUGGAUGCCAGGCACGGAAGCGAUUUCGAGAAGGCCUUGAACACUGCUGCCAGCUCUCUGCGGCAGCUGAAGCAGCUGGAAAGGUGUCAUUUUGAGUCCUUGGCGCAGUACCAACAUUUGCCGGCGCCCUUGGUACGUGCACUGGGCGCAGCGAAGGCCGUGCUGUUGCACAUUUCCGGAGCCGAGGAGGGUGAAGAUGCCUCUGUUCCCAUCUUCAAGCGCCGGCGCGUCCCCAGCACAGCCCUCGCUGCGGCCUGUGCCGCGGCGGGUGGAGGGCAAGUUGGAGUGCCGAAGGUGUCCAAAACUCCAACCCGGGCGGAGAUUUUCGAAUGGGCCGACGCCCUGGCCAAAGCUCAGAGUUUGGAGAUCUUCAACUCAUGGGACGGGACCCAGCCCCUUCCAGGAUGGUUGGCAGAAGUUCUGCAGAGUUUUCUCCUGAGCCCCGAUUGUCACUCCUCCAGUUUGUGGUCAAUGAGUCCUGCUGCUUCACGGCUCUCACAGUGGCUGCGUGGGCGCUUGGAAUGCCACCGCGUCUUGAUGCGAAUGGAAGAUGAUCGUCAGAGCAUGGGUGAUUUGUCCACCCAGUUGAUCGAGGUCACAAGUGCCGUGAAGGCGGCUGAAGCGGAGUUGAAACGAGCAGAGGAGACCUUGGAGCGCUUGCAGGCUGCCCAUGCCGAGACUGUGCAGAAGCGGCAACUCCUGCUGCGUACUGAAUCGGGUCUGCAGCGACAAAGUGCUCGGGCAACUCGUGUGCUGGAGAUUGCAGCACCAAGACGACGAGAAUGCGAGGUGGUGGUGCCGAUGCUUCGGGACGCUGAGGAAUCCCCAGAGCAGUGGGGCGCCAUUCUGACCAUCGGAGUUUUGAGUUGCUAUGGAGCAUCCUUUGGACAUGCACUGCGACAGCCGAUCAUGAAAGAAUUGCAGCAGGUACUGCAAGAAAGUGGUGUUCCAACCCCGUCGAAUCUCUUCACCAGUGCCUAUCUGCGGAACUUCUUCCCACAGACCUUGGUUCAAAAAGCCAUCGAUGCCUGGUCCAACAGCCAUUUGUUGCAGGGCACCGUGGCCACCGAAGCGUCUGGAAGCCUCUGCGCCCUGAUGUUGGAUCCCUUUGGCAACGCUUUGGAGUGGCUGAAGGAGCUCCACACCCAACGAAACCCAGUGGCCUCUGGGGGCGGCGACCGCAGUGAAACUUGGAAGUGGCUUCUUGAAUCUCGCGGCAUUGCCAAGGAGCCAGGAGUGGCAGAUGGUGAUGUGAAUUUCGAUGACUCUGAGAAUGAGUGGGAAGAUAUGCCACAAGCCAAAGCCUCUGACCAGGACUCGGUGCAACCGAUGCUGUGCAGCAGCAAUGAAACACCGGAGGUCUUGACCAGCAAACUGCAGCACUGUAUGUUGGAAGGUCAAAUCAUGAUUUUGCAGCUGGAAGAUCUUGCCAGCUUGCGCGGCUUCGUGGGAACCCUCCUCGUUCUUCUUUCAGGCUCCAGCGCCCAAGUGCGACUGACCACGGAGCGGCACUCGGUGCUCUUUUCGCUCUCGCAACGCUUCACACGGGCGCUGGCCAUCAAUGCGCAAGAUGUGGCUGCCGGUGUGGAGGCGGAGAGUGAUGAAUUGAGGGUCCGUGUCUUCAGCAUGCUACAACGCUUGGAAGCGGCCCUACCCAUGGUCCAUUACCGCUUUCACCUCUAUGUGAUCGCUCCGCGUUGUCAUUGGAGUCGAUGUUUGUGGGGUCCGGCCAAAACCAAACAGGCGGAGCAGUUGAUGAAGCUUCCCUCCGCUAUUCUUUCCACCUGCACCAUCAUUUCGAUGGAUCCCCUUCAUCCAGCCCAAGUCUUUUUGCCCAGCUUCAUGUAUGCGAAGGAGGCGCCCAACACGACGAGAAGACGACAGGAACAAAACCUGGUGUUGAUGGCACAAGAGACGCGAUUGCUGGUGAUAGAAGAGCUGAUCCUGCACUUGCUAUGCAAGAUGGACAAUUCCGACAUGCAGAGUGACAAGGUGGUGCGUCCCUUGCAAAAGUUCAACGCCUGCGCUUCGCGGCUCGCGGCCAACGUCUCCUUGGGACUUCAAGAGAAACAGCAACGGCGGAAGAACGAGAAGAAGUUUUUGCCCUUGGCUUCAACGGUUGCAUUGCUGCAAUGCGCCUUGAUCGACAGUGAGUUGGCCGCCGACGCGGUCAAAGGACUGUUCCAACCAAUCGAUAGCAACAGGGAUGAUAGCAGAGACCUUACCCGAAAUGUGCACCACGAAGUGGACGGUUUCGCCAUGCGACCUUUGGUCUUACAGGUACUCUUGCAACAUCAGCUGAAAUUGCACAACUCAGCAAAAGAUGCCGUCUCCGCGCUGUUGGAGACCGUCUUCCGAAGCCUGGCUCCGCAGCAGGCGUCGCUGCUGCGGCUCUUUCUGCUGCUGGAGAGCCGGGAGCAAGGCCUGACAUCCCUGUGGCACUCCAUGGUUUCUGCCGUGAUCCGCCCCUCCGUCGACCUGGAUGCAUCGAAGUUCGGGAGUGAUAGGCGCCAAAGUGUAGAUAAAAUGAAUACAAACGAGGCCGAGAAAGAAGGCAUUGUUGAUGCUGAAGCAGGCAGCUCCGACGCGACUCGUUAUGCACCGUUAUGCACCGUUGAGAAUUCUCCAGACGGCAGCAGUGACGACAGCGACAGCGACAGCGACGACGAGGUGGCCAGCGACGACGCUUCGAACCGUUCCGGCGACGAGGAUGCUGAUGGAGAACAGAAUGAAGACGAUGAGGCAGACGGUUUCACUGAAGACGACGUCUUGGAGGUUGUGCCGGCCACCAAAAUUCUCAGUCCAGCAUUUUUGCGCCGCAUGCGAGAGCUCUGGGGUGCGGUUCAGGCCACCAUCCCGGUUACGCAUCCCAAGCGCAGUGCGAAGCAACAGCUGGCGCGUCUGCCCAGUAAGGCCCCGUUGCUGGUGCCGACUGAGGCACUUCCGUUACUCCGGUCGCUGGCCAAAACUGUCGAUGUGAAAGUUCAGGAGAUUUCUAUGAUGGAUCAGCUACAAGGGAGGCUGGAAGGAUGGUUGGUCUACGAUCUGGCAGAAUGCAAGG